AUGGCAGCAGUUUCCGUCAUCAAAUAUCAAGAAGCCAUGGCAGCUGAUGAUAACGCGGUCCCAUGUACUCUGAAGCCUCGUCGCAAUUUGACUGCUACAUACUUUGAGCUCGGCAGAUAUACUUUAUGUCGCGAUAUGACCAAGCAGGUCAUCGAAAUAAUCAAAGAGACUAUGCCAGAGGACAAAGUAAUCCUUGCAAAACUUGCACAACGAGAACAGAGAUCUACAGAACACAUUCCUCAAGUUUCUGAGCAGGAAAAGCUUAAGAGGCGUCUCAAAAUCUAUGCUCCUUUACCACGUUACCAUGCUUCCUUGUACACUACGACGGAUUAUUUCACUGUCGGACACGAUGUUGCCGAAAGCCUCUUCAAUGUCCUUCUCCAGGAUUUCCCUCGGAAAAAUAAUAAAACGAUGUUAUUUUUUCUCGGAGGCAUUGGUGAUUCUCGCAAUUUGUAUGCAACUAUGAUCGAUCUUCAUACAUCAGAGAAGAAAGGAGUCGCUUCUCGCCGAAACUAUCAUUUCGUCGCAAAUGGUCACAACAAAUGUGCUCUCACCAGGAAUCUUAUCAUUUGGAAGCUACUAGACGAACUUUCAACAUUGGCACACGACUCCGAUCAGGGACUGAUGGCUUUAGCUACCAUCUUUUUCAUCUAUGAGUCAUACCUAAUGCCCAAGUACAUCCAUGGAAACUUGCGCAGGAUAAUGGAGAACAUUCUUGUCAGUUUAGAAAAGGGCGAUUCACCACUCCCAUGGGUCUCACUUCAUGCACACGAUAUUCCAAAAUACAUCGAAGUCCUGAAAUCUUGGAUCAGCGAAAACUUCCAGAAUUUUACAGCCUUGGAGGUCAUGCAUGGCAUACGAAUAGCAUUAUCCCAACGCGCGCCUUUUCAUGAUCGAAAUUGCAAGGAGAAGCAAUUGUACACCAGAUACGGUUUUCUGCAACCCCCAGGAAAGAUCUUUCUUCUUUUGAGCCAAGUUUGCUGGAGCUUUUACAAACUCCAUCCAAACCUAGCGUGCUUCGUGGGUCGCCCUAAUGAAUUCGAUUUCGGUAACGAUCCUUUCAGCGCUCUUGACCAUUUCGAAUCUUUUUACAAGGGACAGAAGCCCUCAAGCUUGUUUGAUCACGCAGCGCCCUUAUUCAAAGGUGCAGGAGAUUCAAUCAAAAAGAUGAAGCAAAGACUUCACGUUGAAGUCCUCUGGAGAUGUUAUUGA